ACCAACCACGUUGCGCAACGCUGGCCUUAUCUUUGUUCUGCUUGGGUGCUGGGAUUCACUCUUUCAAAACUGCCUCGGCUUUUUUCAUUGUCACUCAACAAUUCGUGCCCCGUAUUCUUUGAUAAUGGCUUCAAUGGCCUUUAUAUGUGUAGGGUCAUCAUCCCCUUGCUUCCUCUUCGAUUCCCAUAAGUUUUCUUCGUCUCCAACCGUAGCAAAACAAGGCCGCGCAUUUCUUCUAAGUAAACGUAGAAAUUUAUUCCUCCUCCGAUCUCAGUCGAGGCUAAAUUUUGGCUAUAAGAGAGCUCUUUCUUCAGUUUGCUUCUUCAAAGCUGGAGAUAAACCUGGAGCCGAACUUCGGGAACAGGAAUCUGAACAGAAAUGGCCUAUUCUCAGGCGAUGGCAAGUGCCUUGGGAAUGGCAAACAGUUUCACUGACCUCUCUUGCUUGUGGAUUGGGUUUUGUUUUAACAGGUUUGGUUGAAACAACAGCUGUUCCAUAUCUUGGGAUUCAGCCCGAAGAACUAAGUUUAGAUGAGAAGGCAGGGAUACUCUUUGUAGAUCAGAGCAUAACUACUGCCGUUGUACUUGGAAUUCUAUAUGGCAUUACUAGCACUUAUCAACUACCAGAAGACUUCUUUAAAUAUGACUGGAGAAAACCUUUAAGUCUUCAAGAGGGAUGGCUGUUGUGGGCAGGAGUUGGACUUGUUGCCGCCCUUGUUGCCAUUGGAUUGACAGGAGCUGCCAUGUCCUUCUUUAGCGGUGAAACCCCACAAAGAGAGAUGGAUGCCCUUGUUCGCUUGCUUCCAUUAAUUGGAUUUUCAAAUGUUAGUACUGCUUGCUUGGUUGGCAUCACAGGUGUCCUUGCUCCGCUUCUUGAGGAGACCGUGUUUAGAGGCUUCUUUAUGGCAUCCUUGACUAAGUGGGUUCCUACGCCAGUUGCUAUCGUCAUUAGCGCUGCUGUGUUUGCUCUUGCACAUCUCACUCCAGGAGAAUUUCCACAGCUUUUUGUCCUUGGGACUGCUUUGGGGAUUUCAUAUGCUCAAACUCACAACCUUCUAACCCCUAUCACUAUACAUGCUUUCUGGAACUCAGGAGUAAUAUUACUUCUAACUUUUCUUCAGCUUCAAGGAUAUGAUAUUAAAGAAUUGUUGCAGGCGACUUGAUGGAAUUGUUUCUCUGUUGCCCACAGUCAUGGGCGACUUGAUGGAAUUGUUUCUCUGUUGCCCACAGUCAUGGAUCUUGUACAGAUGUAUUUCUUUGCAUGCCAUUGUGCUCCCUUUCUUUGUAAAACAUAGCUUAACUGUUCUUUGUAGCAAUGAAGAGCAAACUGAUUAUCUGAUCAUGACAAUUCAAAAAUAUGAUGUAAUUUUUAUGUGGUAAUAGCUCAUAUUAUUAUUGA